AUGAUGCUCCCGCACCAGUUCACGUACGGCAUCUUCAACGACAUCGAGCGGACUGGCGCAAAAAUCGACCCAGAAGUAGGCGUGAUCAUUGUCGAGCCAAUGCAAUUCGCCGGUGGCUUGGGGGUGUCAUCCAAAGACUUCCUACCAUACCUCCGCGACGAGACCAGGAGGAUUGGCGCAGUCCUCAUCUUUGACGAGGUUGUUACGUCGAGGUUGUGUGGCGGAUUCUCUUUUGGCGCUUUUGGUGGUCGCCGGGCCAUCAUGGAUCUCUUCACUCCCGGCGUCCCACGGAGCCUGUAUCACUCAGGUACAUGGAACAAUAAUGCCUUCAGCAUGUUGGCCGGCGUUGUGGCAACCAAGCUCUUAUCCAGUGAAGCACUAGAUAGGACAAAUAAGCUCGGCGGUGCUCUACGAGACGGCCUCCGUAACAUCUUCGGUCCCGGAGACAGCGAUCUAGUCAUAUUGGCUGGAUUCGACAGCGUCGUCGGCGUGAAAUUCAAGGUCCCCGAAGGGGACAAGUGGAGGAUGUAUUCUACUUCUAUCUGCUUAACAACCGCAUAUACAUCGGACACGUGGGCUUCUUCGCAUUAA